AUGGCAAGAGGAUUCAACAUGGCAUUCCUUGCAGCAAUUGCCAUAGCUGCUUUGAUACAAAGCUCGGCGGCGCAAACAACCUACACUGUGGGUGAUACCACCGGCUGGACCAUUCCUCCUAGUGGUGCUACUUUCUACCCUUCCUGGGCUGCAAACAAAACCUUCAAUGUUGGUGACAUCCUAGUGUUUAAUUUUAUGGCCAAUGCACAUGAUGUUGCCAAGGUGACAAAGGCAGAUUAUGAUGCUUGCACCUCGAGCAGUCCCAUUUCUUUGACAACAACCAGCCCAGCUAGAAUCACCGUUAGUACUUCAGGGGAGCACUAUUUCCUUUGCAAUUUUGCCGGCCAUUGCUCUGCUGGUCAGAAGUUGAUGAUCAAUGUUAGGGCUGGAUCUGCUCCUCCUUCUUCUUCUCCAGCUCCUCAGACAUCUUCUCCUUCUCCUCGACCUUCUACUCCAACUCCUAAAUCUUCUCCUGCUCCUCAACCCACCACUCCUCCGCCGGCUUCCGGUCCAUCGCCGGUCUCUACCCCACCACCUACACCUGCCCCAGCUUCUGGUCCAUCACCACCACCACCUGCACCAGCUUCUGGUUCAUCACCACCUUCACCUCCCCCAGCUUCUGGUACAUCUGGCCCAUCACCACUCUCACCCCCAGGUGCCACACCACCUACCACUGGUGCUCCUCCACCAAGCUCUGCUACAUCUCUUGGUUUCGCUGGCCUUACCGCUUUCUUUUCCAUUUUUAUUUAUCUUCAAGACUCUGAAAGUAGACAAGGAAAGGCAGAAGCCUCUCUCCUUGGAAUGUUUCGUGAGUAA